UCGCUGGGAUCGCCGGGCCGCCGCCGCCCUCGCCGCCCCCUGCAUGCCCGGCGCCCGGGUCGCGGCCCACCUGGACGCACUGGGCCCCCUGGUCCCCUACGUGCCGCCGCCGCUGCUGCCCUCUAUGUUCUACGUGGGCCUGUUCUUCGUCAAUGUGCUGAUCCUGUACUACGCCUUUCUCAUGGAGUACAUCGUCCUCAACGUGGGCCUCGUCUUCCUGCCCGAGGACAUGGACCAGGCGCUCGUGGACCUCGGCGUGCUCUCCGACCCGGGCUCUGGCCUCUACGAUGCUGACUCGGAGCUCGACGUCUUCGACGGGUACUUGGAGUAGGGUCCUGACUACCGUUCCCCUCUCCGCUCCACGAUCUGCCAACCCUCGGCCUGGACCAGCUGCCCAGAUCAUGCCUCCACUGCUAGUUGGGGGCACCGUCUGGCCUGGGAUGGGGCCCCAGGACGAGGACCUCCCCCGCCUCCGAGGCCUGCCUGCUCCCCCCAAAAGCGUCGUGCCAGCAGAGAGUUUCCGGUCCAGACCCAGGAGGGCCGAAGAGAUGUCAGGACUGAGUGCUGAGGUUGGGACUGCUGUUCCCCCACAGAGGCGGGAAGGGAGGGGACGUCCGAGUGUCUCACCCGCCUGCAGCAUCACGCGACAGCCUGGCUUUGGCCUCUGACUUGGCAGCUGGGAUGGAUGUUGCCCAGAACCCAGCCAGAGUCUGCCUCCCUGCACUCUCCCCGACUGCACCUGCUUCCCCACUUCACCCCAGAGGGGGCGUUUCCAGCCCAGGACACACUACGCCCUGGCUCCGGUCCCAGUUGAGCCUUAAGUCCAGCUGAGGGUGGUCCAAGGCUGGUCUUAGACGCAGCCACUGUUCAGGGGUGACUCAAGAAAAAGAAGCCGAGGACGCUGUUGGGGCUGAGGGCAGGGUUUUGACGUCUUCAUUCUGGUUGCUUAUUCUUCAGCAAGUUGGCAGCACCGUCUCUCAGCUGGGCGCACUAUGUCACGCCUGGCCAGAAAUACUGUUCUGAAAGCGUGAGUGGUGUGCGACAAACCUGUCAAAGCAAUACUUAGGAGGCUGACAUCUUUCGAUUAAAAAUGUAUGCAACUCUGG